AAAUAGGGGCCACCCAAAAUUGAACAAGAAGUCCUGAGAAGGCAUCUAGAACAAAGCUCUGAAUCUGAUUUUGAAAACUGGAACGCGUAAAAUGAACGGUACCCCUCCCUCAUAAAUAAAAUCUACUACUAAACGCUCUUCUCUUCUGCAAUCAAUUUGCAAACCAAACACAACACAAGGAGAAGAACCAGAUCUCUCUUUCUCAAAUCACCAAGAAUAGUUGAAAAUGGGGCUGUCUUUCACGAAGCUGUUCAGCCGGCUCUUUGCGAAGAAGGAGAUGCGUAUUCUUAUGGUGGGUCUCGACGCCGCCGGUAAGACCACCAUUCUCUACAAACUCAAGCUAGGAGAGAUCGUCACAACCAUUCCCACCAUUGGGUUUAAUGUUGAAACUGUGGAAUACAAGAACAUCAGCUUCACUGUCUGGGAUGUUGGUGGCCAGGACAAGAUCCGUCCUCUGUGGAGACACUACUUCCAAAAUACCCAAGGGCUUAUCUUUGUGGUUGAUAGCAAUGACCGGGAUCGUGUGGUUGAAGCUAGGGAUGAGCUGCACAGGAUGUUGAAUGAGGAUGAGUUGAGAGAUGCUGUGCUUCUAGUUUUUGCAAACAAGCAAGAUCUUCCAAAUGCUAUGAAUGCUGCUGAAAUAACUGAUAAGCUUGGUCUUCAUUCUCUUCGUCAGCGUCACUGGUAUAUCCAGAGCACAUGUGCCACAUCUGGUGAAGGGCUUUAUGAAGGGCUUGACUGGCUCUCAAACAACAUUGCAAACAAGGCAUAGUGAUUAUCGGUCAUGGGUUGCAUCAAAGUUCAUUUGAGUUUAGCGGUUGUGACUUCCAAUGUUUGAUGUGCUUACCCUGUUUAGAAUCUUAUUUUCUCUAGCAUGUAUUAUUUGUCUUCGAUAAAGAACAGAUUGUCUACUACCUAAUAUCAAAAUAAUUUGCAUUUUUUCUCCGUGUAUAACCAAAAGGCAUUUGUCUUACCCAUCGA